AUGGAAAAGUCAUGGAUGCUUUGGACCUUUGUUGAAAGGUGGCUACUGGCUUUGGCAUCGUGGUCUUGGGGUCUCUGCCGUAUUUCUCUUUUACCUUUGAUAGUAACUUUUCAUUUGUAUGGCGGCAUUACUUUACUUAUGUUAAUAUUUGUAUCGAUAGCAGGUAUACUAUAUAAAUUCCAAGAUGUAUUGCUUUACUUCCCAGAACAGCCCUCUUCUUCACGACUUUAUGUUCCUAUGCCUACUGGUAUACCACAUGAAAACAUCUUCAUCAAAACCAAAGAUGGAGUUCUUCUCAAUCUUAUUCUGUUGAGAUACACUGGGGACAAUGCAGCGUAUUCUCCUACUAUCAUUUAUUUUCAUGGGAAUGCAGGCAACAUUGGUCACAGGUUACCAAAUGCUUUGCUGAUGCUGGUAAACCUGAAAGUAAACUUGUUUCUGAUUGAUUAUAGAGGUUAUGGAAAAAGUGAAGGAGAAGCAAGUGAAGAAGGUUUAUACUUAGAUUCUGAGGCUGUGCUAGACUACGUGAUGACUAGGUCUGACCUUGAUAAAACAAAAAUCUUUCUCUUUGGCCGUUCCUUGGGGGGAGCAGUGGCGGUUCAUUUAGCUUCUGAAAAUUCCCAUAGAAUUUCUGCCAUAAUGGUGGAGAACACAUUUCUUAGCAUUCCACAUAUGGCCAGCACUUUGUUUUCUUUCUUCCCAAUGAGAUAUCUUCCUUUGUGGUGCUACAAAAAUCAAUACCUGUCCUACAGAAAAAUCUCUCAGUGCAGAAUGCCUUCUCUCUUCAUCUCUGGGCUAUCUGACCAGUUAAUUCCACCAGUUAUGAUGAAGCAGCUUUAUGAAUUAUCCCCGUCUCGGACAAAGAGAUUGGCAAUAUUUCCAGAUGGAACUCAUAAUGACACUUGGCAGUGUCAAGGUUAUUUCACUGCACUUGAACAGUUCAUCAAAGAAGUAAUAAAGAGUCACUCCCCUGAAGAAAUGGCAAAAACAUCAUCUAAUGUAACAAUAAUAUAAUUGAUAUUCCCUUUUUUCUGAUAAAACUGCACUGUACCUUGAUUUGUGAAAAAUUGUAAAAGAAUGUCAAUUUUUAAAUGUAUAUUAUGUCUGUACUUGCCUAAAGAGUGAAAUUAAACUUGGAAAGGUCUAAUUCUUUAUUAUGAUGAUCCAGAUAGUUUUUACAUUUGCAAUAUUGUAAAUGAGUGAACAGUUCUACAGGUCUUUCCCAUACACUUUUUGGAUUUGUUUAUUCUUCCACUUGUUCGAUAUAUACAAUGAAGGCUAUUAAAAACUUCUUGUGACUACAUUAUUACAAUUUACAUUAGUUUUAAGAUGACAGAAGGCUCUUCAGUAUUCUCUGCUGUAUGUAUCAGCUAUUUGGCCAAUCACGAUUAGGAAAAUAUGUUCCAUAACAAUAUUUCUCUUUUAGGAUUUAGUUUAAGUAUACCAUGCAUGAGUGUUUUAUUCCUUGAAUUUCUGUGUUAUGCAAGAUAUACUUAGUAAUGUAAAUAGCAUUAAUGGCAGUAUAUACCUAUGGGUGUACGAUCCUGAUUAUUUUUAUGGUUUAUAUAUAUUAUAUUACAAAUUCAAGGUUAAGAGGAAAAGCCAAUUUUCUAUAUUAAGUUCAUUAUUCACAGUGUAUUAGUGCUCACAGAUUUGAGCGUCCAUGCAUAAAGGCCAAGAGAUGUUUUUUUUUCCUUGUACAGCCUGCUAUCUGAGAAGAGAAUUAACCGAUGAAGAGGGGGAAAAAAAUGUACCAUCCAAGUAUAACUCUUUCAAAACUAUUAUUGUUUGUCCACAGCUCUUCAACUUAGCCAUUAUUAGUUGUUAUUUCUUGUUGGCAUCGCAAUAGAAUCAUCAGUUUAGGUAGGGUGUCCCAUGUCUGUGGGGCAGGAUAGCAGAAAGAGCAACUCUGUUUGUUGAAGAGGUGGCAGGUGGGGUGCUACAUGUAAACUUACAUUUGAUUUUAAAUGUGAUGAACUUAAACAUGUCUGUACUCCUUCUACAUACACUUCUAAAACAACUAGUCUGUUAAAACAUUAGAGUUUGAUUUGUGCAGUUUCUAUGAUAAGGAUAAGAAAGCCACAUAAACAUUUAGACUCAACAGAUUUAGGAUUUGUUAAAUUCUAGUGAAUAUAGAUCAUUUUAUUUUAACUCUUUUAGCCUUUUGUUUGUGGAUUUUUUAUUUAAAUUUUAUUGUAUAGUGUGCAGACUGAUUUGUAAGUACCAUCAACAAAAAUGUGAAUUUCUUCCAGUCACAUUAAGAGUUAAUGUUGACCACUUUAGCGUCAGCAGUGUUGAAUAAUAAGAUAAGAACCUGAUUGUGACCCUCCUUCUAGAAUGAGGAUCCUUGCUUGAACAGCUAUACCAAAGCUGUCUGGCAUCAGCUCAGUUAACAUGUACAAAUAUAUAAAAUACCUUGUCUAGGUUUAAUUACUCAUUUGCUGCACAUGAUAUGCAGUUUGCCUAUUAAAGGAGUAUACUUAGUCUGGUUAAAAAAAGCUAUCAGUGAAAAAAGGUUUUCCAUUCAAAAAUCUGUACUGUUGCUGUUUCAGACUGAAUUCUCUUAAGCCCUAAUUCAGGAAAGCACUUCAGCACAUGCUUGAAUCCAUUUCUGUUUAGGAGUGGCACUUAAGCAUGUGCUCGAGGUCCAUUAGCCUCAGUGAACAAAGCUGCAUUCCUGAACUAGUGCCUUAAUGACUACUUUAUUAUAUGGAAGUACAGGUAUUACACAUGGAUAUGUAGUUAUCAACAAAUUAAAUAUGGACAUGAGAGGUGAAAUUUCUCAACUACAGAAAAAAGUUUUUAACAGUGGUUACUCUUUUUUCUUAAUAAAGACAUAUCCUGUAUUUCUGCCAUCUCAGUGACAAGUAUUUUUUUAAUACUGCAGACAGAAUUCCUUUAAAAUGACUGGAGUCACCUUAGAACUGCCUCAUGUUAUAAACUCUCCUUGUCUCCUCUAAUUAUUUCAGUGUUGUGUGGUAUAUUUCUUUGUGAUGUAGAAGUGGCAACCUUCUUAACACCUAAAAGGAUUUAAUUGAUCAUAAUGUUCGUUUACUUGGUAUAUUCCUAUCAGACCGUGUAUAUUUUUCACAGAUUUUGUUCUUGUGUUGUACUAUUUCAGCUGCAUCAGAGAUUUGGAACUGACUAAAUUCUUACAGAAAAUACUCAGAUAUUUAUUUAUCCUAAGUGGGACAAAUAUUGCUGUUCUGAAAGAAAAAGUUUUUAAUAGUAGCAGCUACUCAUGCAGAUUAUUUUUUGAAGGUUGUAAAUUCACCUCUGUAAAUAGCUGCUUCAAAAGUUGUCAUGACUGGCAAUUAUUAAAUUAUGCCCAAUAUAAAAUAUGGAUUUCCAGAGCAAAAGCUGAACAUAAAUUAAAUGUGUAUUUUUAGUGUAAACUCAUAACUCCAUAAAGGGCUCUUUAUGCACUUGUAUCAUCUGAGUAGGGAAUGUUGAAUUGGGCCCAUAGUUGCAAAAGCAACUGGUGUGGGGAGGGAAGGGGCAGGAAAUGGUGACAAACUAGAACUGUUUAGCAGUGCACUCUUGAUCACCAAACCAUAUGUUUUCACCAUAGUGACUGUGGGUUUUCAAGUCAUAUAUCUGAAAACCUGCACAUUGUGAUGAAUAUUUAUCCCAGGUAUGAGGUGUCUAUAUCCAUAGGAUUUAUUAAACUGAAUAGUGACCCUCCCCAUUUUACUCCUUCAACCACAUACACAUGUUCAGACUCCUUUCCUGUGCCAUAUAGGGAUAGGGUCGUGUUAAGCAGUGUGAAUGAGAAACUGACUCUUUAACAGGAGUUUACCUUUUCGCUUUGAAAUCCAUCUGUGGCAGGUGAGGAGGGAAUACUUAAACCAAUUUUGUGAAGUUCUGUUUUCUGUAAAUGCUACACUGCUGUCAAUGUGAUUAUUUAUUGAUAACAAAAGUGGAACAUCUGACAAGUCAAGACUUUUGUCUACAGCAGUGCACUCAUUCUGGCUCCAAAUUGUACAGUGACAAACCAAUGUUUUGCUGUUGAGUUUUCAGUUUGAGAAGCAGCUGUUAUGGUUGGGUAUUGAGAAGAAUCUUUGCCGUUUGGCUAAAGUAUUCCUCCUGUUAUAUCAUUUGUGUUUAACUGAAAAAUAAAUGGAAGGGUAAUUAAGUCAAUUGCACCUUUGCCAGUGUUCCUCCAUGUAGAAUAUUCCCUCUUGCAAAAAAUAACAGUAAGAGGAAGUGUUUAACUGUGAACAGUAUAUAUUCUUAUUUUGUAUGAUUACCAAUCAUAGAGUUGUUUGGGGAGAAGGGACUAAGUAGUCUGGAUCCAGGGUUUACAGAGGGGUCACUCUUAGGUUUAAAGAUAUAGUAGUAUAUGCUUGAGUAGGAACUGCCUAUAUAUAUAAUAGACUUCAAAAGAAUUGGGAGUCAAAAUAGAGUUGCUGUGCCACUAGAGUCUUUGUGAUAAAUCCCCCCAGGCAAGAGUACUUUCUUUCUCAAUGUAAUUAGCGGAAACACUUAAUGCUUCCUAUUGGCCCAUGUUUACAUUCCCAAUAUCUAGUUCUGAAACUGUGAAAUGCAAAGAUAUAAGCUGUGCUUUCAAAGCGAGGGGUGAGGGGGAAUGACUAAUAUAGGUGCCCUCAUGUCCAUUCUCAGGUAAAAGAAUACAGCACAGACAUAUUUGGCAGGCUUGAUAUUUGUGGACAAUCUCCCAUUUGUAAGGGUAGAUGCAUUCUCAGACUCAUUCUUACUCUCUCUCCUGGCUAAUUAGUAAUGUCACCUUGGACAAAUGUACAAGUGAAUAGUUCUCUGACCCUAAAAUCCUAGGAUUUGACAAGUUUACAAGAUUUGACACUUUCAGUUAGCAAAGCGAUGCAGAUAUACCUCCAGUUAUAUUUCAUAAAUCACUUUCUUCAAGUGCAUUUUUAAAAUGAUGUGCCAAUUUGCAAGAGACACUUUGCCAAAAAUAAAACUAAUGCCUCCUGCACAGGACGGGAUCAAACUACUAUUGGUGUGUCCCGUUUAGAACAACUUAUAAUGCUGUCCUGUCUGUAUAGUUUACAGUAGAAUCAUGCAGAAGAGAAAAGCCUAUAUAGCUAAAGCAUAUUCAAUAGCUAAAUAAAGCUGAUAUUCUGAAUUUAAAGUCAGUCACUGAAUGUUCAAGGAAUUAAUUUUCUUUAAUUUUUUAGUAUUCAGUUUAAGUAUCCUAUGAAGUAGUACUUCUAAUUCUAUAUUUUGUCCACUAAGCAUAAAUGUGUCAGUAUAUGUGCUAACCAUUGCAGUUUUUACAAACACUUUCAUUCUAGUCUGGCUUUUACAAUAAAAUUGAUUUUACAAAACACAUUCUAUUUUUAUGUACUGAUGUGCAAUAAAUUGAUACAUUAAAAGUGCCA